UUUUUUAUCGAAGUGCGUGAUUCGUGUAUGAGCUGCUUUUGAGUGUUUGGAAUAUAUAUUAAAUAUCGAUAAUGAGAGUUAUACCUGGCAUAAAAACAGUGUCAAAGUACUACAAUUCAAAUUAAGGAGUGGUUGUGGUCGGUAAUUUUUAGCAACGCUUGGUUUUUGUUUUUUUUAGAUACAUUGAAGUUUUUUUUUUCAAUAUAUUGAAGUUUUUUUUUAAUUAUUUCCUUUGUCUUCUAUCAUAAAAUGUCGUCACGGAAAACUGCUGGGAGACGGGCUACCACAAAGAAGCGAGCUCAAAGAGCGACUUCGAAUGUCUUCGCAAUGUUUGAUCAAGCUCAGAUCGCUGAGUUCAAAGAAGCUUUUAAUAUGAUUGAUCAAAAUAGAGAUGGGUUUGUUGAAAAAGAAGACUUACACGACAUGCUAGCCUCAUUAGGAAAAAAUCCUACCGAUGAUUACUUGGAAGCAAUGAUGAAGGAAGCUCCUGGUCCAAUCAAUUUUACAAUGUUUUUAACAUUAUUUGGAGAACGGUUGCAAGGUACAGAUCCUGAAGAUGUUAUCAAAAAUGCUUUUGGAUGUUUUGAUGAAGAUAACAUGGGUGUCUUGCCAGAGGAUAAAUUACGUGAACUACUUACCACUAUGGGUGAUCGCUUUUCGGAUGAAGAUGUUGAUGAGAUGUAUCGAGAAGCACCAAUUAAAAACGGUUUAUUUGAUUAUAUAGAAUUUACACGUAUUCUGAAGCAUGGUGCGAAAGAUAAAGAUGAGCAGUGAAAUGUGUCAUUACAUAUUUGCAAGCGCAUAAUGUCUAAAAUCUUUAUUUAUAAUAAAUCGAUGUAUAUAUGAACAUAAAUGUUCAUCCUAUUCCAAAACCCUUUAGUACCUAAUUUCAAAAUCUUUAAUUACCUUGUUUCAUUUUAUAACUUCUAAAAAUAAAUAAAUCUAACCAAACUAGAA